AUGGCAGCUAACACCAGAUACGAGCCUGCUCCGCAGCGCGACUCCUUCGAGGAGCGCGCCUAUCCCCAACCCCCGCCGUCUUAUCAGGCAACGGCCGACUACUCGCAAGCAGCGCCACGCAGCGAGGACGACAAUGUUCCUGACGAUUUCAAGUUCGGCGGCACCGUCGCGGAGGGCACCUUGCCCAUCCGUAUGCAGUUCAUCCGGAAGGUCUAUUCCAUCUUAACGGCCCAACUCCUCCUCACCACCAUCCUCAGCUCCAUCUCCUUCUUCUCCCCCAGCUACCGCCUCUGGAUCCAAUCCAACUUCUGGCUCAUGAUGGUCUCCGUCUUUGGCGCCCUAGGCUUCAUGCUCGUCACCUACUGGAAGCGCAAAUCCUACCCGGCAAACCUCCUCUUCCUAUCCGGAUUCACCCUCCUUGAAGCCUACUCCAUCAGCGUCGUGACCUCCUUCUACGACGCCCGGCUCGUCAUCCAAGCCCUCAUUCUCACCCUCGGUCUCUUCGUCGCUCUCACCCUCUUCGCCUGCCAGACCAAGUACGACUUUACUAACUGGAUGCCCUACCUCUUCGGUGGCCUGUGGUUCCUGAUCUUGUUUGGCUUCGUGGCUGUGUUUUUCCCUGCCAAUAGCACUGUCGAGCUGAUUUAUGGGGGUCUUGCGGCGCUGAUUUUCUCGGCGUAUAUUCUUGUUGAUACACAGUUGGUGAUGAGGCAUUAUCAUGUUGAGGAGGAGAUUGCCGCCAGCAUUUCGCUGUAUUUGGAUAUCUUGAAUCUGUUUUUGGCGAUCUUGAGGAUUCUGAAUAGUCAGAAUAAUAACUAG